AUGAAAGGUGGCGACCCAAGUCGAGUGGAAGUUGGCUACAGGUUUGUCAUGAAGCUACAACAGCGGAUCAUUCCCAUGUUGGUGCUGUUGCUGGACACGGCGUUCGAAGCUGGAUGCGGAGCUUCCCUCGAAAAUGGGGGAAAGGCCUCCCAACAAACUGGAGAGUUCACGGUAUAUCUGUUGGAACCGCUAGAACGAGCUGCAGGUUGGGCUCGCAGACUUUCACAGGCGGUAGAGGGGUGGUACGAGCUUCAUCCUCCCAAGCGGGAAGAGGAUCAAGCAGAAGAGGCACAGGCAAACCGCGCUGCAUUUCGCUCUGCCGUGGCCACGCUCAAGUCAGAGUUGGGUAAAGCUAGAAGAUACCUUGAAAAGCCCAGGCCAGCGCCUGAGGAGCUCAUGCGAAAAGAUGGAGACGUCCGAAGGGAGCGCGAGGCCAAGCAGCGGGAACGUCAAGAAAAACACACCCUCCAGAUGCAGCGCUUCAGGGAUUCGAUUCAACGGAUCAAUUCUCAUAGACGACCGGCUAAGAGGAGGCCUGUCCGACAAGAGCCUGUUCCGCGUCGACCAAGUCCACCGCGCUCUGCUCCAUCUCAGCCGUUGUCAGAGCAGGAAUACUACGAGCGACACGGAUGGCAUUAUUGGGAAGAUGACCAAAUCUUAACCUUGAUCAGGACUACAGCCCAUCCCAACUAUGAAAACUUUCAACAGAUGCUCCCUGGUCGGAGCCCUGAAGAACUAAGAGAGCGAUCAGGAUAUCUCAAGCUGGUCGUGCGUGAUAAAUAUCAGCGCAGAGGGAUUACGCCUCCCGGAUUUUGCGUGGACGAAGACUGA